AUGUCCCCCGCCCAACCCAACGUCUUCAUUCUGGCCGCGGACAACUCACCCUCACUCCUCCCGCUUCUCCGGUCAAACCCCACCCUAGCUUCUUCUCAAGAUGAACAUGGAUAUUCCCUCCUUCAUGCUGCUGUCUCAUACGGGCAUCUUGACCUGCUCCGUGCCCUCGUUAAAGAAUUUCAGGUUGACAUCAAUCUUGUCGACGAGGACGGAGAAACCUGCCUUUUCGUUGCGGAAUCUGUUGAAGUAGCCCGCUGCCUAAUUGAGGAACUUGGUGUGGAUAGAGAUCACAAAAACCAUAUUGGCGUAAAAGCUGAGGAGUCCAUAGCCAGUGAUGGGGAUUUCCCAUCCCUGAUUCAAUACCUAAAGGGCAGCCAGGCCGUAAAUGAUGCGUCCCAGAUUCUAAAUCCAUCAACUGCGAUUCCACCAAAUGUCAAUGUUAAUAUUGGAAGCAUGCCUGACCCAGCUGCAAACGGAGACGAGUUGGUGGAUCCAGAAUUCAGAAGGAGAAUUGAGGAGCUUGCUACUAGUGAAAACUUCCACACCGAGGAGGGGCAACAGGAACUACGGCAGCUGGUUACAGAUGCGCUAAGGGGGGUGAAUGCAGAAACACAAGAAAGAGAUGUUAGACGACGGACGGACUAA